AUGAUUGACUGUGUUGGAUGCUCACAAGAUCACUAUCCAAACAAGGACAAAACACAAUGCAUUCCAAAGACAAUAAGCUUCCUGACUUAUGAAGAACCACUUGGGUUGAGCAUAGUGUAUAUUUCUCUCUUUUUCUCUCUGAUUACAAUUUUGGUUCUAGUAAUCUUCAUUAAACAUUGGGACACACCCAUUGUCAGAGCAAACAAUCGGGACCUCACCUACACUCUCCUCACUUCCCUCCUACUCUGCUUCCUCUGCCCAUUGAUCUUCCUCAGCCCACCAGAAAGAAUGAGCUGCCUGCUCCGACAAAUGGUUUUUAGUGUCAUUUUCACAGUGACCGUUUCUUGUCUGUUGGCCAAAACCAUCACGGUGGUUCUGGCCUUUGUGGCCACCAAACCAGGAUCCAGAAUGAGGAAAUGGGUAGGGAAAAGACUGGCAAGCUCCAUUGUGAUUUCUUGUUCCCUUAUCCAAGCAGGCAUUUGCACUGUGUGGUUAGGAAUGUCUCCCCCAUUCUCUGAUUCUGACAAGCACUCAAUGAUGAGAGAAAUCAUUCUAGGUUGCAACGAAGGGUCAGUUGCCCUGUUUUACUGUGUCCUGGGCUACAUGGGCUUUUUGGCCAUUGUCAGCUUUGUUGUGGCCUUUUUUGCCAGGAAAUUGCCUGAGAGCUUCAAUGAGGCCAAAUUCAUCACUUUCAGCAUGUUGUUGUUUUGUAGUGUUUGGAUCUCCUUUAUUCCAGUGUACCUGAGCACCAAGGGGAAAUACAUGGUGGCUGUGGAGAUCUUCUCCAUCUUGGCCUCCAGUGGUGGGAUAUUGUGUUCCAUCUUUGCUCCCAAAUGCUACAUUAUUAUUCUGAGGCCUGACCAGAAUAUCAGAGAUGUGGUGCCAAAGAACUACCAGCAUAUUCUGGCCUUGGCCUUUGCUGUCAAGGAGAUCAAUGAGAACUCCAAGAUCUUGCCUAAUAUCACCUUGGGAUUCCACAUCUAUGACAGUUACUUCAAUCAAAGGAUGACCUACCUGGCUGCUCUGAACCUUCCCUCCACACUUAUGUCCAACUACAAGUGUAACACCCAGAGACAUCUGAUGGCAGUUAUUGGGGGACUAGACUUUGAUACCUCCGUCUACUUGGCAGACAUCUUGGGCAUCUACAAGAUCCCCCAGGCAGGCCUGCAGUUCUCCACAGGCGGCCUCCAGAUUGCUGACAUGGGGCCAAGGCCAGGCUGCAAUGUAGAGGAGCAGGCCAGUGGAAUCUGCACUGGAGAGGAGAAGCUGGAAAAUCUUCCUUCGUCUGGUUUUGAGAUGAGCAUGACUGGCCACAGCUACAGUCUCUAUAAUGCUGUCUAUGCCAUAGCACAUGCUCUACAUGCCAUGUUCUUGCCCAAAUAUAGGGCAGCGGUGGAAGGAGGGAUGCAGGAGCUUCAAAUGCUGCAGCCUUGGCAGCUUAUGUAG